AUGUUCGCUUUCUACGACGAAGUUCCCACCUCCACCUCCCUCCUCAUGCAGUGUGAGUAUCGCAGUAAAGUCUGCACCAACCAUCGCGCUACUAAUCAUGAUGGUACGCUCCACAAGCUCUGCGAAUUUCACCGACAAAAGGCGAAUCUGAAUCAGCAGCGGCUACUCCGGCGCCAGCGCGAGAAGCGCGUUCACAUGGACAUCCUGGAGCUGCUACUUAUUGACAUGCAGCCACAGACGUUGCCGCUGCUCGACGCAUAUCUGUCAUCGAGCGCCGUGGAUGAUAAGGGAUCGAUCACAGUGUAG